GCCCGUGUCACAUCCAGGAGAGAUCCAGCACAGCAGACGACAAAAUGACACAGGCGAUGGAUCUCUCUAAGAAACGAAAAAGAGAUGCACCUAUACCGGUCACAGUACCGGUUAUAGCACCGGUUACAGCACAGGUAACCAUUAAACGGGAGCCAGUGGAGGAAACUAGUGAUGAUGGCUACUUUACUAGUCUCGGGAGGGGGAGCGAGAAACAUUAUGCAAAGUCGUCCAGCCAUGUCUUUCAGUACGCUACGCAACAUCAGGGUAUUCCUUUCAGUCCAAGCAGCCCUGUCUAUCAUCAUCCAGUACCAAACAAUAAUAUCGAGAUCAAACAAGAGACGGUGACGGACGAAGAUAGGUGCGAGGUGUGCUUCAAACCUUACGAUAAUGCAGAACAUGCGAGGACUACUUUCCGUUAUCAACUGCAUGAUCUGGAGUUGGUGCUGUGUAUGAAAUGCUGCGCGAGCAUCGAGUCGAGGCAGCAGGAGGAGCACUUGGAUUCUCGGAGCGAUGACAUGUCCACGGCUGAAGAUGAGACGGACAGCGGGUCGCAGGAUACAGGGAGCUCGGAACGACAAGAGAGGUAUGAGCAGUUCCGUGAAGAGUAUCAGGGAAUUGGGAAUCUAGAUGGUGAUGCGGAUGGUACGGAUGAGGAGAACGAGGGGGCGCUGAGCAUCGAGGCUGACAGUGAGAGCAGCCAGUCGGAGCCAUUCACAAGACCAUACAUUGCCGGUGGGUCGCAGUACAUUGACGGGAUAGCAACCAUCUGGGCCAGAUCCAGAGUGUCUUCAUGGAGUGAGGCCCUACGAAUGCAAAACUGCGGGAAACGGUUCGCCCAGAAGAGCUGUCUUACGCGUCACACCAAGAUCCACACCGGAGAGAGACUCCAUCAAUGCGACGAGUGCACCAAGUCUUUCACCCGCGCCAGCAAUCUGCGGUCCCACAUGCGGACGCACACCGGCGAGAAGUGCUUCCAGUGCCCCAUCUGCCAGAAGCUCUUCGGUCAGAGUUCCUGGCUGAAGCGUCACAUCCGCACCCACACGGGCGAGAAGGAGGUCAAGUGCCCGCUCUGCAGCAAGUGGGUCAGCUCCACGACCAGUCUUCAGUCCCAUAUGAGAACACACACGGGGGAGAAACCCUUCGCCUGCCUCAUAUGUGACAAGAGCUUCAGUGUCAAGUGCACCCUGACGGUUCAUAUGCGUAUCCACACAGGCAACAAGCCAUACGUGUGUGAGGUGUGUGGUGCUGCAUUCAUACAGGGGACCCAGCUGUCCACUCACAUGCGGGUGCAUACGGGUGAGAAGCCAUACAUGUGUGAGAUCUGUCAUCGGCAGUUCGGCAAGAAAGACAACCUCCUCACCCAUGUCAAGAUUCACACUGAAGGGCAGAACUUUGACUGCAAGUUCUGCAACCUACGUUUCAACAACUCUGAGGAGCUCAAGACCCAUACUCUCAUCCAUAUAGAAGAGAGACCAUUCCAGUGUGAAGUGUGCAGCAAAGCCUUCAAGAGAAAGGACAACCUUAAAGAACACAUUAAGGUUCACACCAAAGAGAAGCCUUUUAGCUGUGAGGUUUGCAAAGAGGCCUUCUCCAACGGCAGCCAUCUUAAGGUCCACAUGCGACGUCACACGGGGGACAAGCCCUACUCCUGUGAGCUCUGCGGGAAGUGCUUCACCCAGAGCAGUAGCUUGAAGACCCACUACCUGAUCCACACCGGUGAGAAACCUUACUCCUGUACUAUCUGCCAUGCACUCUUUACCCGCAACGCCAGCGUCAAGAAGCACAUGAAGAGAGCCCACAAUGCCGACAUGCCGGGACCAGAGGAGGCGUCUGAAUGAGUGGGCCUCAGAGCAGUAGCUUAAAGACCCACUACCUGAUCCACACCAGUGAGAAACCUUAUUCCUGGGGUGCGUUUCACAAAACUUGUCAUUGAACAAAGGCUUUGUGAAACGGGUCCCUGUACUAUCUGCCAGACACUCUUCACCCGCAACGCACUCUUCAAACACAAUGCCACCAUGCCGGGACCGGACGAUGCGUCUGAGUGAGCAGCCCUCGAGGAACCACUGGGAGGGAGUGAGUCAGCGGAGGUUUGGUACAGUCAAACCUGCUUUAGUGACCACCUGUCUACAAAGACCGCCUGUCUAUAAAGACCACAUGUUUUGUUUCCCUUGAAAAUUGUUUCUCAUUGAAACAUGUACUAUUAAAGGAACCUGUCUACAAAGACCACUUUUUAAGUAUCCCUUGGGUGGUCGCUAUAGACAGGUUUGACUGUAGUUAUUGGUCUCACCAUCCGAAUUUCGUUUUGUAUUUUCUUGAUAUGCACACGGGCCUUUGUAUGUGUAGAUAUGAUGAGGUGUAUUUUAUACGUAUUUAUGUCUUUUCAAAAUGAUUAACUAAAUUGAUUCAGAUGUUUUUCUCUGUGAACGAUUGACUGAUUGUAACUUAGAAUCAACCAGUUAAUUUGUUUGUUAAAUAGAUAAACCCACAAUUAUGAGGGAAAUUUAUGCAUACCUGUUGUAAACAAUAUGAAAAAUUAUAUGUCUGUUCAUGUAGUUGCCAUCUUAUAAGUGUAUAAUGAAAUCUAUUUGAAAAUAUAUUCAUUUUAAAACUUUUCUAGCUGGUUUUGGGAAAUUUCG